CUUCUUCCCACUUCACUCCCCAAGAUUUCAAUUCAUUUCAAUUCAACAACCACAGCAGAGUGAAAAACUAGUGGCUAUAUUUCUCUUGCAGUUGCAGAAAGCAGAAGCAGAUCCAACUUAUUAUCUGCAUCUUCCAAUCAAAAAUAUUCAAAGCUAGCCGGCCAACUUUCUGAACCAAAAGUACUUUUAGAAUCAAGCAGCUCAGCUCAGCUAGCACAGAAAUGGGUGAAGAAAACAAACCAGAGGAGAAGAAGGAGGGAGAAAAGAAGGAGGAAGAGAAGAAGGUAGAAGAGCCACCGGAGAUUGUGCUCAAGGUCGAUAUGCAUUGUGAAGCUUGCGCCAGGAAAGUUGCUAGAGCGUUGAAGGGUUUUGAAGGAGUUGAGGAUGUAACUACAGACAGCAAAGCGAGCAAGGUGGUGGUGAAAGGCAAAGCAGCAGACCCCAUAAAGGUAUGCGAGAGAUUACAAAAGAAAAGUGGCAAAAAAGUGGAGCUGAUUUCACCUUUGCCUAAACCAGUCGAGGAGGAGAAGAAAGAGGAGCCCAAAGAACCAGAGAACAAGGAGGAGAAAAAAGAGGAGCCUCCCGCUGUUGUUACAGUGAUUUUGAAAGUUCGAAUGCACUGCGAAGCAUGUGCUCAAGUUUUACAGAAGCGAAUCCGAAAGAUCCAAGGAGUGGAAUCCGUAGUAACAGACGUUGGUAACGACCAGGUUGUAGUAACAGGUGUUGUGGAUCCAGCCAAGCUUGCAGAUGAUGUCUACAAAAAAACCAGAAAGCACGUUUCCAUUGUGCCCAAGGAGGAAGAGAAGAAGGAAGAAGAAAAGAAAGAAGAGGACAAGAAAGAAGAGACCAAAGAUGGAGGAGGGGAGAAGAAAGAAGGGGAAACAGAAGAAGGCAAGGGAUCCGAUGAUAACAAGAGUUUUGAUAUCAAGCGGAGUGAAUAUUGGCCAUCAAAGUACUACUCGGAUUAUGCAUAUACCCCUCAGAUUUUCAGUGAUGAGAACCCUAAUGCCUGCUCUGUCAUGUGACUAGAACAAGUAGUCAUUCCUGUAACAUUUUGCCUAUAUAUGUCUACUUAAUUAUGAAUCAACUAAUAAGACGCCGGCUGCAAAAUAUAUAAAUUAAGACUACCUGCUUUCAUUGUGCCAUCCUUUGGCAUGCGUCCUAGCUAUAUGUCUGAGUUAAAUCCUGUGAUGUUUAGGAGGUACGGUUUUUGUACUUAAUUGAUAUAUGCCUGUAAUAAUGAGUUACAUGUUGGCCUGUGUAAUUAUGUAAGUUUGUACUCUGAACUCUGAACUGUGAAUUUUGGUGUAUGUUUGCAAGUGACUAAGUCGAUCGAAAAAUUUCAUAUUUCGAUGCAUUACUUCU